AUGGGUUCAGGAUCUAUAGUUCAGCCCAAUGUGGAUGAUCUGGUUGCAAUCAUUGCGGCCGAUAAAGAUCGGUAUGAGACAAAGGACCGGCCUAAUAUGUAUCCGGUGUAUUCUUACUUCUCUGCGGAGUAUUUGACACCGCACUUGGCUUAUUUGAAGUUGACUCGCCCUGGCGACAAGAACGCCGCCAAGAGUCCGUCGUUUUUGUUUGAGAGUGCCAAGAAUGGCGACCAGAUUGACCGGUACUCGUUUAUGGGCACGCGGCCGCGCAAGAUCCUUACCACGGGCCCGUUGCACGGCAAGGAGGAGGACCCUUUGGUCUCUUUAGAGCAGGAACUCAAGAAUACCAAGCAGGCACAACUCCCUGGUAUCCCUAAGCUUAGCGGGGGUGCUAUCGGAUAUGUGUCGUAUGACUGCAUCAAAUACUUUGAGCCUAGAACAAAGAGAGAUCUCAAGGACGUGUUGGAGCUACCGGAGGCCGCGUUGAUGCUGUUUGACCUGAUUGUUGCCUUUGACAACGUCUAUCAGCGGUUCCAGGUGAUCAACAACAUCACUAUCGACGAUAACGACACCGAGGACGAUAUCAGAAAGAAGUACGUUGCUGCUCAUGAGCAGAUUAAGGAGGUCAAGGAGAUUCUUACUGCUCCUGAAGACCCGCUAAUAUAUCCCGAGCAGCCGGAGAUCGUCCAGGGCCAGACGUUCACCUCGAACGUUGGCCAGGAUGGGUACGAAGGGUUCGUGACCAAGCUGAAAAAACAUAUUCUCAAGGGAGACAUCAUCCAGGCUGUUCCGUCGCAGAGAGUUGCUCGUCCAACGUCGCUGCACCCGUUCAACAUCUACAGACACUUGCGUACCGUGAACCCGUCGCCGUACAUGUUCUACAUUGACUACCUGGACUUCCAGAUCGUGGGAGCUUCUCCGGAGCUGCUGGUGAAGAGUGACUUGAAAGACCGCAUUGUGACGCACCCGAUCGCAGGAACAAUCCGCCGUGGUAAGACCAGAGAGGAGGACGACGAGCUUGCACACACGCUCCAGUCGUCGCUCAAGGACCGGGCCGAGCACGUGAUGCUGGUGGAUUUGGCCAGAAACGACGUCAACAGAGUCUGUGCGCCGGACUCGACGAACGUGGACCGUCUGCUCACGGUGGAGCGGUUCUCGCACGUGAUGCACCUUGUGUCGCAGGUGAGCGGAGUGCUGCGUGGAGACAAGACCCGUUUCGAUGCGUUCCGGUCGAUUUUCCCGGCAGGAACAGUUUCUGGUGCUCCCAAGGUGCGUGCGAUGGAGCUGAUCGGCGAGCUGGAGCAGCAGAAGCGCGGAGUGUAUGCGGGAGCCGUGGGCCACUGGUCGUACGACGGCAAGACGAUGGACACCUGCAUUGCUCUACGGACGAUGGUGGUGAAACAGGGCGUUGCUUACUUGCAGGCCGGCGGAGGAAUCGUGUACGACUCCGACCCCUAUGACGAGUACAUCGAGACGAUGAACAAGAUGAAGGCCAACAACAACACGAUUGUGGAGGCCGAGAAGAUAUGGGUGGAAAAACGUCAUAGGGCCGACUACGAGGUUCUGCGAAAUCGGUUCGAAUUUCUGGUCACCAAAACAGAGCCCAAGUACCAGAGCCAGCUAGAGGUGACUUUGAAAAACUUACAUGAGCUCAUAGGCCGGCUCGAACCCAAGAUACAGACGAUGAAUGCGGACCAGCGACGACGGUUCGACGAGAUCCGGACGCUGGACUUCACGAGACCCAAGCCGAGAUCGAUACCCACAGACAGCAAGUCGUCGUGUUCCCGCGAUGCCCAUGACGGCAAAGAUGCUGGCCACCGCAGAGAUGCUCAGCAGCACCCACGUCUGCCACCUGUGGCUCUUGUACCCGUUUUUGAAGAGCUGUUUGAACUUGGCCUCAAUCUCGGGGAACACAAGACACCCUGCAAAAACGUAAGACAGACUUGUCACCGAAACCAGCUGGGCCACGAACCCCUGGUGUGCAACCGCGUAUGCGUGCACUGUUCCACGGUCCACUCCCAGCACGGACUUGGCAUUCUCCCAGUUGGGUUCGCCAAAAUAGCCGAGCUGGGCAAACAAACACACAUAGUUGAGGAUGGAGAUGGCAAUACAGAUGAUUCCGAGCUUACUGAGACUUUUCAGAUGACCACAGGCCGCCUGGACCCCGCAGAUAAGCAGAAUCAGACCGGUGAAGCACACGCGUUCGGUGCGCAUGAUCUCGAGACCUUCGACGGCACCGAUGACAAUGGUUGCUGCGGUCAGUAUCAUGGCUACCAUCUGAAGAAAAAUGAUAGUUUCUCUAAAGAUCUUUCCACCAAGCAGCUCCGCGAUGUCUGCAAACGUCUUGACAGGGAACUCGGGCGAGUCAAACAGCAGAAACAGCCACCAGAUAAUGCCUCCUGCUACCAGGCCCAUACCGGCGAAAGCCAGAGAGGCAAGACUCAGGCACACGUAGAACAAGGUGAGAAGAACAUUGUUCUUGAAUCCGGCAGCCAUGAAUUUGGACAUUGGCUUGUUGUAGCCAACCACCACACCUGUAGUGGGGUCGAAACUCUCGAUCAUCUCGGCGUUCUGCUUGAUGAAGUAGCCCCAGAUGUUGAACCAGUACGGAAUAACGUAGGUCAACGGGAUCAUCGUCAAAGCAGACGUGAACGACGAAAUGGACGGCACGUUAGGCACUCCCGUUGCAAGCACAAAAAUCACGAUCCAAACAGUCACAACGCUGGUGCUCCAGAGGAACUGGCCCUUUUUGGAGUGGAAGGCCAAGUUUUUAAUUAUCUCGUCAAGAUAAUUUUUGUAAGCGAUCUUGGCAGAGAUGUGGCCGUACAGAACGGCUUGGAUUCCACCAACAAAAACACCAAUGAAAGCAAGACCCUUCAUUGCCUUGACGUUGGCGAUGCCAAACACGGCUGGGGAGUUGGCAAAUUGUCCCUGCUGGGAGUAGACAUAGUUACCGUAAAUCAGGUAGCAGCCCAGAAUAGCCAUUUGAGAAGCAAGCAUGGUUUUCCAGAAAUCCCAGGGUCUGCGCAUCUCAGACAAGAUUUCUGGGAACACCACCGAUCCCGCAAAGACGUACGAGAUGUUGGAGAUAGCAACCAGCUUGUACACCAACGUUUGCGUGACAAAGUUGGAGGCCACCACCGGGGCGGGAUCCAGACCCAGCAAGUUUUUAGCGUUCUGCCAGUUUGGCUCACCGUAGAAUCCCAGUUGCACAGCAAGGCAAAUGUAGUUGAUGACCGAGACAGUCAAACAAAACUUACCCAGGUUGCUCAGCGACCUGAUAUGGCAGACGACGCAAGCCACUCCGCAAAAGAGAAUCAAAAGACCCGACCAGCAGUAUCUCUUAUCUUGCAAAAUAACAGCGGACUCGAGCGCACCGAUACCGCAGUUGGCUGCCGUCAGAAUCAUGGCGAUUAG